AUGACUCGACACAAUCUGAAGGAUCAUAUUUCCUGGUUGUUGUCCCAAAAGAUUGCCUUACUUAGCGCACCGAUUCCAGCAAACGUCGAGGAACAACUAUUGGCACCACAUAUCGAUACGGACUUGUCGGAGGAGGAAGAGGAAGAGAUACAUAGUGCUUCAUUAAGUCGCUCAACGGAACAAACUAUCGUUGGCACCAUUGCCCCUCAGCAGCAGUUUACUCGACCUGUGUUGCCCAUUUCGAACUUAAGACCGCCACCUCGAGAUACGUUAAACAGCAUCGAGACAGCACGAAUGGGAAAGCUUGUCUCAGCUCAAAGGUCUAUGGUGCCGGUUCUCCAGAGUCAACGCCAGCUUGCCACUCCUUCCUCUACGACGUCAUCUGUUGCACCUUCAAGAGGCACCCCGGCAGCAAGGGCUUCAGUUGACCGUACAUAUGCGAGGCCCGGACGAUUGUUACCAACACCACAGACACCGAGACAAACACCCCGACCCGAGCCAAAACAUUCGGGUAUAGAAGCGGUGGACUUGACAGCUGACGAUGAAGUAGACGUGACUGCUUCGCGCUCGAGUAGCACGGAAGCUUUUGGUGACUCCCACGUACUAUGGAGGGAAGACUCGGCAUCUAGAGCGGAACCGUUGGAGAGAACAAGCAAGAAAAGAAAAAGCGACGGUAUAUCAUCAGGAACGACGAGUAAAAGUCAGGAACGGAGCAGGAAGACCGUAGUCAUCAGCAAACCGUCACGCGACAACAGCCCGGAUGGUUUCAAGGAUGUUGAUGAUUAUAUGGUCUCUCAGAACGAUUUAAAACCCAUCCGAGCGAACAGCGGGCGGCCAGUCCGACGCGCUGUAGAAGAUACCACUUCCGAUGAUGAAUUGGGGCAGCCUGAAUUCACAGAGACGACUGACCGUAUCGAAACGCGUGUCCGACAUAGUCGUUUUCCAUCUGCAGUCACGAGGAGCGGCUCAAACGACAGUCACAUUUCACAUUUGCCGACGAAAUGGCCUUCAGAUGGCCAGGAACAGACGGGGCAGUCCAGCAUACAAGUCGCCGCAUCUCCAACUCCUGGAUUGACGCCAACUACAGCCGCAGCCUCAGCAAAACCGACAAGACGUCGUCCGGUGCGGCAAACGAUAAUACAAGACUCGGAUGAUGAAGAUCAAGGCGAACUUGAGCUGACCCCGAUAAAGGUGGUGAAAAGCAGUCCGGCCGCUGGAGAUGGCUCGAAGACUUGGCAACAGUUACCACGGUCUGAUGUGAAAGUUGGUGCUACACAAGAUGUUAAACUUUCAGUAUCACGAACUGGGAGUCCGCUCCGUCCGCUUUCCCAGAGUGUUACGAACCGUCGAGAUCAAGCCAUCUCUCCCUCUCAGCGUAAAUCUCAAGUACAUCUUGAAACACCGUCUAAACGCCCCUUUCACUCUUCUGGAUUACAAAGUUCCUCCUCUACUGCCACGGCAGGUGAUCGGGAGCUAUUGAAAUUCUUUCUGAAGCAUGCAUCUGCGCUUCAAACCUACCGGCAACGCGUUGAUAAUUUACUCGCUGAGAAUUCAAUAGUCUCAAUGAAAUAUCUGGAUGAAGGCGACAAACCACCCGCAGCUGUUAAAGAGCAGCGAGAAAACUUGCUUUCUAAGCUCAAGUCAUAUGAUAACCUUAAGAAGUUCGGCCAAAGUUAUAGGACCCUGGUCAGUGACAGGAAAAUGCUUCAUCAAAAGAUUAGUGCUCUUUUAGAAGAUGAUGAAGACACUGCUUCUGCCGAAGAACGUAUGACCAACUUGUCUUCGGAUAUCAAAACCAUAGAACUGGAAAUCAUACAAGCCUUACAUCUGUCAGGGGCAGUAAAUGAUGGAUAUGGAUCCGUACAGGAUUCCGACAUCAAGCAAGCUCCACCCACAGCUUCCAAGGGUACAGAAUUUGCGCCUUCUGGGCAGAGCAGCGGGCAAGUAAUUCUACAAACCCAGUUCCCUACACUCCCGCCACGUGCCUCGUCUUCGAGCAUCAAGAACGCGCGGGAAUGCCUUCGACAGAGUUCACCCCGAAACAGAACCUUACCACGCUCGUUGGAAUUCGACGAACCAGGCUCACCAUCUCCAAUCCGCCACUCCGUCUGUCCUGUAUCCCACCAACAGCAAAGCCUCAAGACAAAUCAAACUUCUUACCAAAGUCGAAUACCCCCACCGAACUUUUUGCAAUCCGCAUCGCCUAUGGAUUAUGGGUAUGACGACGAAGAUGACGAGGCUCUGAACAACCUGCUUGAAGAUGAGCAACAGUUGUCCGAGCAUAUAAUGAACCACGCAACUCCAACUGCUGCUAGUGAGGACGAUUUCGGGGAAUUUGAUGACGACGACCUACUCGAGGUUACACAACACGUUGAGACCCGACAAGAACACGCAAAGUCAUCAACUAAACCAUACGAAACUCCACGCAAUGCUUCUACUAGCUCAAGACUGCCUGACAACCAUUCAAGAGCUGAUGUUAAUAAAUCGACGAUGUAUACAACUAUGGAUCCCGCACAUGCUAGCAUGAUGAAACAUCCAUGGUCAGCUGAUGUCAAAAAGGCUCUAAGAGACCGUUUCGGUUUGCGAGGCUUUCGUCAAAACCAGCUAGAAGCUAUCAACGCAACACUAGGAGGCAAAGAUGCUUUCAUUCUUAUGCCAACCGGUGGCGGAAAAUCUCUCUGCUAUCAGUUACCCGCGGUUGUGCAAUCUGGGAAGACUCGAGGGGUUACACUCGUUGUAUCACCUUUGCUGAGUCUGAUGAGCGAUCAAGUGGACCAUUUGAAGGCUCGCAACAUCCAAGCGUGUUUGAUUAGUGGCGACACUUCUAAAGAAGAGCGGAGUAUCGUAUUUGCUGCUCUGGAAGAACGCAAGCCAGAACAGUACAUUCAGCUUUUGUAUGUUACUCCCGAAAUGGUAGCAAAUAGUCGCAAGCUUGAAAGCACACUUGAUAAGCUGCACAGAAUACAGAGACUUGCCCGUAUUGUCAUCGACGAGGCACACUGUGUGAGCCAAUGGGGUCACGACUUUCGUCCAGACUACAAAUCACUCUCAAAAUUACGGGAUCGUUACCAUGGAGUUCCAUUUAUCGCAUUGACGGCCACAGCAACAGAAGCUGUCAAGCUCGACUGCAUUCAUAAUCUAGGUAUGACAAACUGUGAGCAGUACAAGCAGAGCUUCAAUCGACCAAAUUUGUACUAUGAAGUUCGCACUAAGAAAGGGAAAGGCGUCUCAGAGGAAGUUCUCAAAAAUAUGUCUGAACUCAUUUUAAAGGAUUACAAGAACAUGUCUGGUAUAAUCUACACAUUAUCUCGCAAAGGAUGUGAAGAUCUGGCAGAGAAGUUGCGCGAGAAAGGCAUUAGGGCUCACCAUUUCCAUGCCUCUAUGGACGCUGUAGAGAAACACCAGGUCCAACGUGACUGGCAAGCUGGCAAGCAUCAAGUUGUGGUUGCGACGAUCGCUUUUGGCAUGGGCAUCGACAAGGCAGACGUUCGUUUCGUCAUACAUCAUACAAUGCCAAAAAGUCUGGAAGGCUACUACCAAGAAACUGGCCGCGCUGGCCGUGAUGGAAAACCUUCGGGAUGCUAUCUUUAUUACGGAUAUCAGGAUACUGCUGUGUUGAGAAGGUUUAUAGAAGAUAGUGAGGGUGGCCCGGAGGUUAAGCAGAGCCAACGCGCGAUGCUGAACAGGAUGGUGCAGUUUUGCGAAAAUCGCAGUGAGUGUCGGAGAGUCGAGGUUCUGGCUUACUUCGGAGAACGGUUCUCCAAAGAAAAUUGCAAUCACAGCUGCGACGCUUGCAACUCUGAUGCUGUAUUUGAGCCGAAGGAUGUCACUUCUGAGGUCAAAGCCGUCAUUAAGAUAGUCAAAGCAUUGAGGCACGAAAAUAUUACUCUUCUCUACCUUGUAGAUCUCCUCCGAGGAGCAAAUACCGUCAAAAUAAGAGAAUCGGGACACAGCGAGUUAGACGGAUAUGGAGCUGCCAAAGAAAGCCUAAAAGCCCACGAGCUUCAACGUCUAUUUGUGCGUCUUCUAAUAGAGGGCGUUCUCGAUGAGUAUAGUAUUAUGUCGAGAGGCGGCUUCGCCCAGUCAUACAUCAAGACUGGACGAAACUACCAGAGCUUUGAAAGUGGAGCGCGAAGAUUAAAACUCGUUCUUAAAGUCUCCGGAUCACCAGAUGGAGUUGGCAAAGGGUCAAAGCGGCCGGCUUCUCACACAGGAGAUCUCCAGAAUUCCGUGAGAUCCAGAGCACUACCACCAUCGACAAUGUUCACAUCACCCGUUCGGCCACCCACCCGGCGAAUCAAUACUCACGCGCAAGGAAAGCGUGCAAUUCGACAAGACGAAAGUGACGGACCCACAUCCGAAGAUGCCUUCGAGCAGGCCGCGCCUCGUCCCGCCAAACCCUUCGAGCGAAAAACGAGGACAUUGGGGCCUCCUAUAACUUCAGAUGCCAUGACUGAUCUUUCCGACCUGCAUCAAAUUUGUGUGGAUGCCUUCGUUGAUAAAGCGAUGAAAAAGGACGAAAAAAUCCGCAACAUAAAGAAUUUAAGAAAAGCUCUUUUCAGCAUGACCGAAUAUCGACAGAUGGCGAUUCAUUGGACUACUAGUAAGGAAAAAAUGGUGGGUCGAGGUUUGAACGAAGAGAAGGUGAAUCUCUGGGGAGACAAAUUUAUUCCUCUGAUUAUGGAGGCUUAUGAAAACUACGAAGCCAUGGUCCACGACAAUACGGAUAUGGACGUCAAUCAUCAGAAUGUGAUUGACUUAGUAAGCGAUGAAGAUGGAGAAGAUGAUGAAUAUCCGGGUGGCACCAAUGAAGAUGACGAUGACAACAUAUCCGUCACCGAAGAACCCUCGAAGUACUUCGCUACAAAUAACGUACGUGCAUUCAACGAGAGCUUGGCUCAGGCACAGUCUCUCCCGCAGAGCUAUCAACCGAGGCCAGCUCCACAAAGUAAACCAUCAAGAGGCGGAUUUGCUAGUCGUGGCAAGUUUAAGGGAGGAAAGAAGUCUUACAAUCGGCGAAGUACGGGAUCUAACUCUGGCAAGGGCGAGUCUAGUCGCUCAGGUGUCUCGAAAAGAGGCCAAGCACGGAAAACUUCAGCUGGAAGCAGGAAGGCAGCAACGAGCAGAGGAGGUGGCGCCGCUAAUGGCAAUUUAAUGGCUGCCUUCGGCAAUCGGAGUGGAGGGGGAAUCGGCGCGAUGCCAACAUGA